ACUAAAUCACUAAAGACUACUGCGUACCCCCACCUAUGUAGGUUAUUCUCAAAGCCGCUCUGGUGUCGGUGGCUAGGGCUCAUUAGAUUCCACAGCCGACUCCAGUCUCCAAAUGCAGCCUGGUAGGUGCAGGUACGAAGUCACAGUGCAUUGACCUAGACCCUCAAAUAUACCUUGAUAUGCACUUUUGUCAUUUCAAAAAGAAAGAUACUUGUCAAUUCCACUACCGCGUACUACUCGUCAUCAAGUCAAUUUACAGUACUUUAGUCCUAUAGCCUACUAUAGCUUCUUAGCACCUAGGAACUACUUGCUGCCUACUCACCCAGGUACCUACCUUACCCAUAGGCACCGCCGGGCCCUUUCUUUGUCCCGUAUGCCCUAGGCGCCACUCCGAAAUCGGCUGUAGCUGCUCGGCCGGCGCGGUCUCGGGUCGCGUCACGUCAGUAGCAGUGAACCUCCGAAAGCGCGGCGGAGAUCCCUUGGUACUCAUCCGUUGCAGUCAGUUGAAUAUCAUUUCGAUAAAAGCUCCAUGCCAGUAAACCGCCGCAGUGAAUCGUCACGUCACCAUGCCCACCCCCAUUUCUGACAUCCGACAAACAAUCAUUUACUGUGCCGCAAGUAGCGACCACGAUAGCGACCAAAACGCAACAAGACGAGUCUCUUCGACAGACACAGGCUAAGGGAAGAUCCCUCUGGCUGGUAGAACCAUAAUUCAAGCCCAAAUGAAUUACUAUUAACUAAACAAGCUAUCGGACAACGUCAUCGUCUGACCCUGAUAAGCCAAGGCACCCCGGCCGAUUUGGCGUACGAUCAAGGCGGGAGGACGAGCAAGUGCCAUGGCGGACCAGAUAUCAUCGCCUACAAAGGCCGCACCAUCCGCGACAGCUCCUCCGCCCAAGGCGACUGCUGCGAUACCUGUCGGACUGAAUGAAGCCGCCCUCGACUCGCCCUCCUUCCGCGCCGCCGCCAUCCACUUUGGCGACCAGGUCGAUGCGAUCAAACGAUGGCUCGAGAGUUACUCAAGGGCUGCCUCGAGGCUCGCCCAGGAUGUUGCAAGCCUAGAGGAGUCCAUCAACAGCUACCUAGCAAACGCAUCGCCCGCUCCCGGUACCGCCGAUGGUGUCAUCGACACUGACUUUACUCUCCUGGCCCUCAAGAGGGUCGGUGAGCUGUCCCGAGAGCGAUGGACUAAAAUUCUCAGCUCCGCUCGCAACAUCGAUGCAAUGUCCACCGACCCGAUACGGAGCUUUUUGAACUCGGAGCUCAACGCGUUCAACAAGGCAAAACGGGAGUUGGAAUCAUCGCAGCGAAGCUUUGACGCCGUGCUGGCCCGUCACGUUGCCCAAUCAAAGACCAAAGAGCCCUCAGCGCUACGCGAGGACGCAUUUGCACUAUACGAGACGCGCAAGACAUAUCUGAAGGCGUCGAUGGACUUUUGCCAGCUCGCGCCCCAGCUGAGGUACACGCUGGACAAGCUGCUCGUCAAGAUCAGCGCGGACAUGUGGAAGGAAAUGAAGAAGUCUGACCCGGCGUCGGUUAUCGCGGGCAAGUACUCGGAAGAAAUGGAUCGCCUGCGCGGGUGGUCCAGGGAUCUGGAGGACUCGGAGGCCGCACUCAAGAGAGAAUUGCAGGCCGCCAGGCGCGAGGUCUCGGAGCCUACGCUCGCGGGGUUUAAGCCAUCCCGUGAGCUGGAGGACUACAGCGUUUCGACGGUGCCAUACAUUGGAUCGAGGGGUCCGGUGAACCUCCGCAGCGGCGACAAUGCCUCGUUCGUCUCGGAGAAGCAGGGUUGGCUGUUCACAAGAAGCGUACCUGGGAAACAGAACCCCAAGGUCAUGUGGUUCCGUCGAUGGUACUACUGCCGUGAGGGUAUAUUUGGGUGGCUUGUGCCGUCGCCUCAGGGUGUUUUGCAGGGCGAGGAGAUUGGCUUGCUUCUCUGUAGUGCCAAGCCCGCCGUUCAAGAAGAGCGUCGCUUCUGUUUUGAGGUCAAGACCAAGACCCAGAAUCUGAUGUUGCAAGCCGAAACACAAGCCGACCUCAUUGAGUGGCUAGAGGUGUUUGAAGUUGCCAAGAAACAAGCCUUUGAAGCAACUCUAGGUCGUGAUAACAGCUCCCUUCCGGGCGGUGUCGAUCCCGCAUUUUCCAUCACUCAGCCAGUAGCCCCUGAGUUUGCUGCAAAGUCUAUUGAUGCUAUGGCUUUGGAUGACAACGCAGGCAACCCAGAGCGUUCUUCAACUAUGACUGUCCCCCCAAAUCCGGAAGUCGGAGUGGCACCUCGGCCGAGCGUCGAUGUGUCCACUAUGACUGCACCACGCCGCGCAAUCACGUCCCUUGCGCGGGAAGAAGGAGAGAGUAAUCGUGAGCAUGCGUCUCGUCUUAUGCAGCGGCUCGACCUUCACCGGAAGGCCCUUACAUCUGGCACGGAUCAGGGAGGACCACAGCCGUCUGGUGGCAUCGCGGGCUUGAUAUCGGCCAGCCACAACUUGCUGCCGGCCAACUAUGCUGUGGUGACCCCCCAUCUGGUUUCUUCACGACCCCAGACCGCGAUGGUUCCAACGACUCCUUCGCGCCCGAAAGCACUAGCGCCGGCGACUUUGGCCAGGCCCCCUACAGCGACCGGCCUCAGCAAGCAUGCAGUGGUUGCCUUUAGUGAGAUCGGGGUUGGCCAAGGUGCAGGACAGAUUAUGCCCACCGCGCUGAGAGCGAAUUAUUGGGGUAGCAGUUUCUGGGGCGCAAUGUACUGCACUGGAGGCGACGUCCCGGUACCCAGCACCCCAAGUAUUUUUGAAGACGAUCCCUUUGGGCCUCCUAUUAAGGUGCAGUCGCCGACGGGUACUGUUCAGCAGCUCAGGACUCCCAGUAGCCUGCAUCGGAAAACCCUUAGCGAUUCGGUUGGCGGCGACAGAGCAGUCGUUAUCGAUCCUUCAAAAGGCGACACGGGCGAGACCUUUCCUCCAAAAUAUCCCAGCGAGCUGAAGCCUCACCAUGCGCAAUUCAGAAUGUUGUUCCCUAGUGUUCCUAUUGCGGAAAAGCUAGCACUGGUAUUCAACGCAACAUGGUCUAGCUCCUCUGAGGAUGGCUCACGCAACCAGACACUGAUAGGUGGAGGCCGAGUUUAUGUCACCCCUGACAACAUGUACUUUUACGGUCACCAUAUGGGGCUCGUGACGGCAUACAAGGUCAGACUCGAUGCCAUCACUGAGGUUACAGCCGCGCCUGGGAAGGAGAACGACUUCAUUUUCUUGCACCUCGGACAAGACAUGAACGCUAAGGGCUUCACAAGAAUCACGAUCAAGAUCUUCCUCGAAGACUUGGCAUUGUUGCAGACCCGGUUGAACCUUCUUAUUGAUGAUCUUCAGGCGGAGGAACCAAUGGAUCUCUCAAGCCUCGUUCAAACCCUCGUCGACCUCGAAAAAGAAGACCUCGGCAGAAAGAGCCUAAGCAUGGAGAGCUGGGAGGAGAUACCGUCUCACACGCCGGCUGAUGAUGGGACAUAUGCCGGACGGGCGCCUGAUAGGGCUGCGGGCCUACGACCUCAGCGAGACAAAGAAAAACAGAUGGCCAAAUUCGUGCUCCCAGCACAUGCAGUCAUUUACGAACCGGAAGAUAUGCAACAGCUCGUUGCAGAACGACACUAUGAUAUUAGUGCCAAAGCCUGCUUUCACAUUUUGUUCGGAGACAAGUCAUUCAUCUUCCCCAAGUUGUACUUUGAGCGACGAGCCAAGGAAAUCUCUCAGGGACCUUGGCAACUGGCGGAGAAUGGGAAGAUGCAACGGCAAUUCAGGUUCAAGGUAGAUUACAGAGAUGUGCUUGGGCGACGCAAGCCGGCCGACGUCGAGGACACGCAGACGGUCGAGGUGUUCAGUGAUCACAUUACAUACGUGGUUAAGCAUGUCAAGACGCCGUGGCACUUGCCGCAUUCGCAGGCAUUCAAGCUCGUCACUAAGACAGUAAUCACUCACCUGGCCAAAUCCAAGUGCAAGCUUGCCAUAUACACAAAGGUCGACUGGUCCAAGCCGCCGACCUUUUCGAAACGCCUUGUACAGCGGCAGGCGAUGGACGACGUCGAGCGUGACGCCGAGGAGCUUGCCGAGGUCGCAACCGACCAGGUGAGGAGGCUGGGCCCGCACAGCCGGACAAAACGAGCCAUCCAGGUCUACGGUCACAUCGGACAUCAGACGCAGGUGGUGAUAUUCACGCCUGGUGAGAACAAUGCGGCCAAGAAACCGCAGAUCAAGCCACGCACGCUGACGCACAUGGUCUGGGAGACGCUGCGGUCCUUUGCCGAGAGUGUCGCUUCCAGCCUGAUGAUGUGGACAUUCGCCAUAUUGAGGAGGUUGUUCAACAUCUUCUCGGCCAACCGCAUUAUUCUCGCCGUGCUGGCGGUUAGCGUCGUGACAAACCUGAUGUUCACGUCGAUCGAGACUUCGACAUGGUGGGCAGAACGGAAUGCGGCCAAGUUCAUGCAGCGUCUCGGGAUUGGGCCUAACGUCAUGAUGAGCAAGGCCAUAUACGUCUAUGAUCUCGACCAGGCGACAGAAAGCUCUUUUAUAGCAGGUGUGACAAAGAAUCCGCCCAACAGCAAAUGUUAUAGUACGUUCCGCGACAUUCUAAACUCGACAGACAUGGACGCACCAUACCAAGACGCCGGCGCAAACAUGUCGUCCCGGUCGAGCAAGCUAGCCGCGCGGCGCAUCAGGCGCACGAGGCAGCGGCUUGGCUCGUACAGACACGACCUGGUCGUAGCGAUGCGUGUCGUCAACAGCAUAGAGCGCGAGAUGAUACAGUCCGAGUGGGAGAAUUGGCUGAUGGACGAGAACAUGCGAUGCGAGCAGGUCAGGGUCAUGCUCAACGACGAAAGCAAGGACAGGACGCCAUACAGAGAGGACUCGCAGCACAGAAUGACGCGCCCCAUCGACGAGCACCGGGUGCAGUCGCUCCGUGAAUGGCAUGAGGAGUACUGUGGGAGCUGUCGUGCUGAUCACGAGGCCAUUUUUGUUGAGCAAAAAAGUCCAGUCACUCUGACGUAAAUGGUUUGAUGGCAUUGAUACCUCUACGUAUUCGCGAGGACGGUUUUGUGUUUUGGUGGAACGGUGGAAGUCAUGAGCAGCUUUAUUGUUAUAAUACCAGUACAUUUAAUUUCAUAUUUGAAAUGCAGACUCGAAACGAGUCUUAUGCAAACGCUAUUCCAAUUUCUAUCCCAACAUGUUCGC